AUGCUGCUGGCGCUCUGCGCCGCGGCGCGAGCGCUGCAGCUGCCGCGCCGCCACGCGCGCGCGAAGCGCGCGCGGACGACGGCCCUCCGCGGCGGCGCCAAGCCGCUGGCGAGCCUGGGGGCCGCCAUCGGCGCGUCACCCGCGUCGCUCUUUAACGCGGUCUUCGGCGGCCUCGCCGGCACGGCCGUCGUCGCCAAGGUCGCGAGCGCGCCGCCCGGCGGCGACGACGCGGCGGAGUCGUCCGCCGCGGCCGCCGCCGUUCGGCGGCGGUUCCUGCCGGUCUUCUGGCUUCUGAGGAUGGCGGACUGGCUCCAGGGCCCGUACUUCUACGAGGUCUACUCCUCGAAGGUCUUCGGCGGCAAGGCGGCGUCCAUGGACCUCGUGUCCCAAUUGUUUCUCGCGGGAUUCCUAAGUACUGCGCUCUUCGGGCCGUACGUCGGCCGGCUCGCGGACAAGCGGGGCCGGAAGCUCGGCACGCUGGCCUUCGCGGUGCUCUACGGCGCCGCGGCGCUCACGACGAAGAGCUCGCUGCUCUGGGUGCUCUUCGCGGGGCGCGUGCUCUCGGGCGUGGGCACGUCGCUGCUCUUCUCCGCGCCCGAGGCGUGGCUCGUCGGCGACGCGACGAAGAACGACUGCGGCGCGUCGCUGGGCGGCGUCUUCGGGGCGGCCUACGCGGGCGACGCGAUCGUGGCCAUCGUCGCGGGCCAGCUGGCGUCCCUGGCCGCGGCCGCGCGGGGCCCGACGGGGCCCUUCGAGCUGAGCGUCGGCUUCCUGGGCCUCGGCGCGCUGGCGGCGUCGCUGCUCUGGACGGAGAACGUCGCGGCGUCGGCGGACGGGUCCCAGGGCGCGCCGACGAUCCGGGAGGCCUUCGACGUGGCCUGCGCGGACCGGAAGAUCCUCCUCGUCGGCGCCGCGCAGGCGCUCUUCGAGGGCGCGAUGUACAUCUUCGUGCUCCAGUGGCCGCCGGCGAUGUCCCGGGCCGUCGGGGCCGCCUUCGGCGAGGGCGCCAAGGUGCCCUUCGGCACCAUCUUCUCGUCCUUCAUGGUCUGCUGCCUGCUCGGGUCGACGGCGUUCCAGCGGCUCUCGGCCGCGGCCGUGCGCACGGAGUCGUCGACGCUGGGCAUGCUCGCGCUGGCGACGGCGGCCAUGGGCACGGCGGCGGCGACGGCGGGCCGCGGGGUCGCCGGGGCGACGCUCGCGUCCUUCGUCGCCGCGUUCUUCGCGUUCGAGCUCUGCGUGGGCAUGUACUUCCCGUCCAUCGGCACGCUGCGCUCCAAGUACAUCCCGGACUCGCACCGGUCCGUGAUCAUGAACCUGUUCGGCAUCCCGCUGAACGCCAUCGUCGUCGGCUGCUUCCUCAGCAUCAAGAAGCUCGGCGUCUCCGGCGCGCUCUCCGUGGCGACGGCCGCGCUGGGCCUCGCGACGCUCGCGGCGGCGGAGCUCGCGCGCAUGACGAAGCCCAAGGCCGAGGCCGUCGCCGCCUAG